AUGACGUCGAGGAACUUCUUGGAAGGCAAGUUUCUAAAACCACCAGACGAGACCCCGAGGAAGCCAAAGGGAAAAGUUGAGCGGAAGCCAAAGCCGCAACGGAAGCAACCAAAGCAGCAACAGCAACAGCAACAGCAGCAGGGGCAAGAGCAGCAUAAACAGGCGCAGCUGCCAGGGCCGCAAGCAUACCGAAAGCCGACACUAGGGGAACUGUUGCAAAAUCCGCCGCGCUUCCCAUCCCCUCCGGUCAAAGGUUCUCCUAAGAAGGCCAAAGUCCAGUUCGUGCUGCCCGAAACCGAACCGAAGAAAAAACGAAGGCGCAGGGCCACCCUCUAUGAUGUUAUUGCCCGUCGCGUCGGCCCUCAUGGGUUCCAUAAAAACCAACCACGUGCCUCCAAGUACCGGGAUACCGAAUCUUCAGGGCAACGAACCUGCGCCCCAGAAGAGGUUCUCUUCAAAAGACCGGUUCACUGGAACAACAGGCUGAAGGGAGAACCGUACUUGAAGGCUGACAAGCUGUCCCCGGAUAACCCCGCGAACCAGAAGAUGAAAUAUCCCAAAAACAAAUUCCCCGACAACGAUCUUCUCACUGCCCUCCACGCCUAUGCAUCUGACAAAUACAUACACACGCCUGGUAAGGUACACCGUGCCUUUGUCAGCAUGGACGAGUCAGCCCUGCUUGCAUUCGGCAUUUUAAUGGAAGAGCUGAGCAAAGAGGCAAUCGAUGAGAAGGGAGACAUCACCAUGCUGCGGGCAGCAGUGCCAGAAGCCGAGGAGAACAAACGCAUCGACGGUCUUGAAUGGUGGUUCCGAGGCAAGAAACGACGCAGGACCGAUAAGCUUGUUCGUGAGAACUACCGCGUUGUGGUUUACGGAGACAGGGUGCGGUUUAUCCGAACACGGAAGAGGAAGCCAAAGACCAAACCCAAUGAUGAAGAGGGCAUGGAAAAAGGCACGGAAGAGGGCACGGAUACGGAUGGUCAAUCCAUCAAAGCUGAUGCCGACGCUUCUAAACCGCCCAAACGCCCCAGGUCUUCCACCAACCCCGAUAAGACCAAACGUUCUAAGAAGAGGAAGACAAAGGAAUAG